ACUUUUGGAAAUCCUUAUCGUUGGCCUUACUGGCUGGGGCUGCUGGGAUCUGAUCUUCAUUAGACAUGUGGAUUUUUGUAGAAGUUCAUUGCUAUGGACAGUGCUAUCACCUUGUGGCAGUUCCUUUUGCAACUUCUUCAGGAAUCUCGGAAUAAGGAGAUUAUCUGCUGGACCUCAAAUGAUGGAGAAUUCAAACUUUUGCAAGCGGAAGAGGUGGCCCGCCUUUGGGGAAUCCGUAAAAACAAGCCCAGCAUGAACUAUGACAAACUCAGUCGUGCACUCAGAUAUUAUUAUGUAAAGAACAUCAUCAAAAAAGUUAAUGGUCAAAAGUUUGUUUACAAGUUUGUAUCUUACCCAGAGAUUUUGAAUCUGGAUCCAUUGGUUGUUGGCAAGAUUGAGGGUGAUGCUGAGGCACAAGCUGGCUUUGUUGAUGGUAGCAACUCUACAAAGGACAUUGAAACUUAUGGGAAAGAGAAGCAUCAGGCCAGUGCGAAAUCCUCUAAUCGCAAUGACUAUAUCCACUCAGGCCUAUAUUCUUCAUUUACUUUGACCUCUCUUAAUUCCUCCUCUUGUACAAAACUGUUUAAGCCAAUUAAGAUGGAGAAUUCAGCUGAGAAGCUGACAGAGAAAAGAACUACUCAGGAUUCAACACCUUCAGUCAUAAAAUUUGUAACCAUGUCCUCCAAAAGGCCUUCUAUAUCUCCCCUUGCCUCAGCUACUCAACUGACCUCUACUAUCCCAGCUGCCUCUAUCGUAUCUUCAGGUUCAGAUGAAAGCCUCCAGGCCUUGGAAUCUCUAGCAGCAUCUAAAGGUGCAGCCACUGAAAGUUCAGCAUCUUUGCCAAGCUUGACCUCUAAUUUUAAUUCCACAUCUCCUGCAACCUCCAUAUCUCCUAGUCUCCAGGUUCCACACAAAUCUCCUUUGCCACCACUAAGCUCUAAUUCUGAUCUGGUUAUAGACACAGAAACUGAGUCUGUAGUUUGUCAGCAGUUGGAACACUUUCAGAAUCAAGUCUUGGAGGUUAAAGAGAUGGGUUCCUCCAUGUUUGAAAAGAAUCUUCGUCAUAGCAGACCUAGAAAGCCUAAAGGACUGGAGAUUACUCCCACUCUGGUUAUUACUGGCAGUGACCCCAGUCCACUGGGAAUACUGAGUCCUUCUCUACCAACUGCUUCUCUUACACCAGCACUUUUUUCACAGACACCUAUUUUACUGACACCAAGCCCCUUGCUCUCCAGUAUCCAUUUUUGGAGUACUCUCAGUCCAGUUGCUCCUCUCAGUCCAGCAAGAUUACAAGGUGCUAAUUCUCUUUUUCAGUUUCCAUCAGUGCUGAAUACUCAUGGACCAUUUACUCUGUCGGGAAUAGAUGGGCCUUCCACCCCUGGCCCCUUCUCCCCAGAUUUGCAGAAGAUUUAACGUACAACCUUUUGAAAAUGGACAGCUUGGAUUAAAUAGAGGAAGAGGUUUUAUUUAAAAUGAUGCAAUCCAGGUUUUAAGAGACAGUUUUUAAUUCCAUAGAAUCAAUUUAAAGUGACUUGGUUUUUGCUAUUCUCAGUUUAGAUGCCUUUGCAAAAUUCUCUUUUAAGACAUAGGAGAAUUCAUAAGGAAGUGCCUUGACUGUGGAGAUUCUUCUUUAGAGUUUCUCUCUCCCCCUGUUCCUUAGUGCUUCUUUUGAAUGAAGAAGUCUACUUUUAAUAAAGAAAACACUUUUGUAUUAUAAUUAAGUCUUAGACAGAACAGCCAACUGAUAUCAGAU